UAGCAUUGAGUUGCAUACCCCUGGUCACGAUGACCAAGAUGUCUCUAUGUUGUACAUUAAAAUGUACCGGACGUGGUGAUUUGUGUGGAUGUUAAUCGUGCAGUUUAUUUGCUAAGGAGAACGGUGAAAAAUUAUUAAACCAAGGAAACAGAAUGUAAAUUUUAAACAUAGUCGGGUUUUGCUUGUGAUAUUAGUUUGUGGUUAACGUAUACGUAAUUUUCAAAUAUGUGGGCGGAUACGCUUGUAAUUUUAUUUAUAUCAGUAUGUACUGCUCUUCUGGGAGAAGGUUUGACAUGGCUCAUGGUUUAUAGAACUGAAAAGUACCAGAAACUAAAGGCUGAAGUUGAAAGGCAGAGCAAAAGAUUGGAAAAGAGGAAGGAAGCUCAUGGAGAUUCCCUGGACAAACAGCAUAAAAAGAAGAUUGAGCGGGAGGAAGAGAAACUGAAGAACAAUAAUCGUGAUCUGUCACUUGUGAAGAUGAAAUCAAUGUUUGCCAUAGGCUUUGCAUUUACAGCCUUGUUGAGCAUGUUCAAUAGCAUAUUUGAUGGGAGAGUAGUUGCAAGAUUGCCAUUUCUCCCAAUCUCUUGGAUUCAAGGGCUCUCACACCGAAAUCUACCUGGAGAUGACUACACGGAGUGUUCUUUCAUCUUUCUCUACAUUCUUUGCACGAUGUCUAUUCGUCAGAACAUUCAGAAAAUGCUGGGCUUUGCUCCAUCAAGAACUGCAAGCAAACAGAGUGGCAGUAUAUUUGGUCCCCCACCUCAACAAUUUAAAUGACAUUUGCCCUUCAAAGUAAUGUUAUACCCUUCCUGCAUUGUUUUGACUUCUGUGUAUGCAGUAGAAAUAUUGACACUUAUGCAGAGUGUUUUCUUCAAAUUGAAAAUUGUGUUGCCAGGAGAUAUUAAUUUAAGGUAAAAAGUGUAUCAUUGUUAAUUGUUAGGGGUUGUUUGUUGUGGGAUGUUUCUAUGUUAUAUUGCUACUUGGUCUGAGAAUGCAAUGUAAUGUAUAAAAAUGUUACAUUUUUCAACAUGCAUGCUCAUAGUAAAUGAACCAUGAAAGCUACAGUCAAUUUGUUCUUAAUAGGGAUUGUUAAACUUGUUACAUUAAAUUCUGUUGUGCUUUGUAAUGUCAAAUAUAAUCUGAACCACUUACCUUA